CUACUAGUUCUCAUCAGGGAAAACUCUACUGGAACUGUCUAGUGUCCCACAGUACUUGACUUUUGAGAAGUUAGCAUUUUACUCUAAAAUAGAAGUCUAUUAAGCUAGAGAAAUGAAGAACCCACAGGAGAGAGCUCUUCACGUGGCCACCCCACUGAGGGAGAGCCUUGCCCUAACCAAAGUGGCAGGCACCUCUGUCUAUCUGAAGCUUGACUCAUCCCAGCCCACAGGAUCCUUCAAAAUCAGGGGCAUUGGACACCUUUGCAAGACAUGGGCCAAGUGAGGCUGUGAGAGAUUUGUCUGCUGUUCAGGAGGAAAUGCUGGUAUGGCUGCUGCCUACUCUGCCCGUAAGCUUGGUGUACCUGCCACCAUCGUCGUGCCCAGUGUCACACCCAAACCAACAGUGGAGAGGCUGAGGGACGAGGGCGCCAAUGUGGUGAUUCACGGCAAGACGCUGAAUGAGAGCAUUGAAUAUGGACAACAGCUUGUGGCCAACAACCCUGGAUGGAUCUUCAUCUCUCCCUUUGAUGAUCCUCUCAUCUGGGAGGGCCAUAUGUCUCUGGUGAAGGAGCUGGAGUCCGAGCUGCAGGAGAAGCCUGGUGCGAUGGUGUUGUCUGUUGGCGGUGGAGGCCUCAUGAACGGGGUUGUUGAAGGACUGCGCCGUGCCGGCUGGAACGAUGUUCCAGUCAUAGCCAUGGAGACUGUGGGGGCACACAGUCUCAAUGCUGCUAUGAAGGCUGGGAAGUUGAUCACUCUGCCUGAGAUCACAAGCAUUGCCACCACGUUGGGCCUGACAAGAGUAUCUGCACAGACCCUGAAACUUGCUGGUGAACACACAGUUUACUCCGAGCUGGUCACAGACCAGGAGGCUGUCAAAGCUGUCGAGCGCUUUGUUGACGAUGAGAAGGUCCUGGUGGAGCCUGCGUGUGGCGCUGCCCUGGCAGCUGUGUACUGUGACAUCAUCCCCAGACUGCAGAAGGAGGGCAAGCUGGCGUGGGACCUGGGACCUGUGGUGAUCGUGGUGUGUGGAGGCAACAACAUCAGCAUGAAACAGCUCCAGAAACUGAAGAAGCAGCUGGGCAUGUCAUUUAGCUAGACAGACAGACGGCUUUGCGUCCUGCUUAUCGUUUCUCCAUCACUCCAUUCCUCUAUUACCCCGAUCCUUCCAAUUAAAGCUUCCCUACUCCAUUGGGCACUACCAAUAAGGGCAUCCGAACAGGAGUCAUGAACUCCACGGGGCCAAAUCAUUCCAGACUGUGUGCAGUAUUGGGCUACUCUUGAACUCCUGAAAGGGGCUGACUGACUGAAGGAUUAACUGACUAUGGAUUCAUCAAUAGCCUAAUGCUACGGUAGAUACGUAUUGAUAGGCAUACAGAUAAUCUACUACUCUGGCAGUAGUAGUCUUUGAAUUGAAUAACCUAGAUCCACAGGCAGCUGGUGGCACCUUGAUUGGGGAGGACAGUUUCAUAGUAAUGGCUGGAACGGAAUCAAUGGAAUGGUAUCAAACACAUAGAACACAUGGUUUCUAUGUGCUUGAUAACAUUCCAUUGACUCCAUUCCAUCCAUUAUUAUGAACCGUCCUCCCCUCAGCAGCCUCCUGUGCCUCGAUCCCUCCAACUCAAAUCUGAACCUCGAAGCCAGUUCAACUGCUUUUAUAAAAUGAUUAUUCCCCUCUAAUCAGGGAUUGAUUUAGACCUGGGACACCAGGUGGGUGCAAUGAAUUAUCCAGUAUAACUGAAAGCCAGCAGUAGUCCAGACCUCGUAGGUUAAGAGUUGAAUACCCUUGACCUAGAUGAUUAACUUAGCUAAGUUAACCAAGUAGAGUUGUAUUGUUGUUUGUAUUUAGAAUGUUUUAUGUUCAUGCAAAAUAUACCUUUGGUUGUAUUUUCUUCUCCCUCUUUUGUACUGUAUGAGUGAUAUUUAAAAAUAAAUUAUAUUUAUUUUUUCCUGAA